AUGAAUCAAACGACAGGCGAAAUUACGGCUGAGAAUCCAGAUCUGGCGCCUGAGGACGAAGCGCACGGUGAUGAUUUGUUCUUUCCACCCGAGGGCGGCGUGAUUGUAUUAGCCGGCAACAUCGCCGCGGCGCAUUUAGAGAAACUAGAAAAGUUUGGUUUCGAUGACCCUGGGCGUGGGAAGCUGAUGCUGGAGCUUGGUGGGAAAAAGUAUGAUACGGUGGCAGAGUACGAUCCGAACAUCAAUGAGAAUGGGUCAACCAGGAUGUAG